AUUGGCCCUUCAGUAAGAAGUGUUCGUAGGCUUAAUUCGUCCGCUACUGUUUUCACUGCUGAACUGCAUGGCCUGCUUGCGGUAGAUCAUGCAUAUCCAAACAUGUAACUCUCGGUCAGUUAUAUAUACAGAUUCACUGAGUGCUUUACGGGCUCUGACAUCGCUUGAAGCCCCAAAGAAUGCCCUCGUUGUUUUAUUACAAAUUAAAAUAGUAGCAGCAACCAGGAAAGGAUCUAAUGUUCUAUUCUGCUGGGUACUGAGCCAUGUCGGAAUCCCAGGGAACGAAGAGGUAGAUCGUGCUGCGGGCACUUCUGGCUCCCGUGCUGUAGACAUUAGUAGCAUCCCAUACAGAGAUUACUGUGCCCUAAUCAAAUACCAUGUUAAAGCUCAGUGGCAAGCAGAAUGGAGCCUACAGGUGUCAAACAAACUGCACAUGAUUAAGCCUUUUCUUGGUGAAUGGCAGAGUGCUAGGCACAGAGACAGGUUUUAUGAGGUAGUCCUUUGUCGACUACGCGUAGGACACACGCGGCUCAAGCACGGACACCUCUUACGUGGGGAGGACCCUCCUGAAUGUGAACAUUGCAGGAACCGCUGAGUGUCUCACAUAUCCUUCUAGAACGUCCUGCGUAUGAAGAAAAACGCCUCCACUACUUUUGCCAACUUUACAAAGAGCAUGUUUCCUUUACACCUAUGUGUAAAGGAAACAUGUAAAGGAAACCCCAAUCUACUACUACUCUCACAUUAAUUGAAAAAUACUAUGACUCAUUAUCUAACUAAGCCCAGUUGAAGCUUUGUUGGAGGACAGGUUUGCUAAAAUUGUUUUGUCUACUAGGCUGGGCGAGGUAUGCAGCCAUGCUGUUUCACGUUGAAGCAGCUGUCCGAAUGGGUGGCACAGCCAUGCCAAGCAGAUCCGUACUCUGCUCGUGGAGUGCAACAUCAAGCUCAGGGAAGGUGCAAGCAUCCAAGAUUGCAGAUAUCAACUUCUCAAAACCAAGGAAGGACCACCCUGGCAAAGUACCAGAAUUAUCAGAUAGACAAAACACGCCAUCAUCAUCAGCACCACAAGCCAAGGGCAACUUCUCUCAGUUUCUCCAGUCAGUGAAGGAGAGUUACCCGGAUGCAAAGCUCUUCAAGAUGCUGCCCUCAAUGUUUUUAAGACCCAGAAGACACUGAUACUGCUUCGGAAGACGAGGGUAGUCUCGAAUGCCUGCCACUACCUCUCACAGAUAUUUACAAAGAAGAAUAUAUCAAUUACUCAGAGGAAGAUCUGGAGACAGGGCCGUACCCGGAAAAAAAUUUUGGGGGGGUUUUCGGGGACAACGGUGGCCAUUUUGAAAAUGUCUAUUGUCUUAUUUUCGCCUA